UUCUCCCAGAGCUCUACGCGAGGCAGGCGGUAGGCACGUACCACUCCGAGCUCUCCCGUUAAAGUGCCGAUCUAGGAGCAAAGAUGUACAGAACUACCAGGUACCCAAUGAUGCAGCCGCUGGUCAACUCAGGAAUGGGCAUGGCCCCGUUCUUCAAGGUCACCGUGUUCGAGCAGGAGCAUUUCCAGGGCAAGUGCCUGGAGUUCACCUCCGAGUGCUGCAACAUCCAGGAGUGCGGCCUGGACAACAUCCGCUCCAUCCGGGUGGAGAGCGGAGCCUGGGUGGGCUUCGAGCACCACGACUUCCAGGGCCAGCAGUUCAUCCUGGAGAGAGGCGAGUACCCCCACUGGGACGCGUACAGCGGCUCCAUCUCCUACCACGUGGAGCGCCUCAUGUCUCUGCGCCCCAUCUACUGCGCCUCCCACCAGAGCAGCCGCAUGAUCAUCUUCGAGAAGGAGAACUUCAUGGGCCGCAGCGUGGAGAUCUGCGACGACUACCCGUCUCUGCAGGCCAUGGGCUGGAUGAUGCCUGAAGUCGGCUCCAUGCACGUGCAGUGUGGCGCCUUCGUGUGCUACCAGUACCCCGGCUACAGGGGCCAGCAGUACAUCAUGGAGUGCGAGAGGCACAGCGGAGACUACCAGCACUGGAGGAACUGGGGCUCCCACUGUCAGACCCCCCAGAUCCAGUCCAUCAGGCGCAUCCAGCACUGAGAGGAGGACGGGCUGAGACUGAGGCCGCGGCCCACGGACAGCAGCUAACUCUGACCCCCUCCCCUCUCCUCCCCCCUUCUCUCUCCCUCUAGUCCUUCUUCUUCCUCUUGACUCGAGCUACACCCCCCCCCUCGAGCGCGAGUCACCACCACUGAUUUACAGUCGCUGCCAAAGUGCGAUAAGAGACAAUAUCGCACUGUUAAAAGCACAGGGAAACACAUGCUCCACACACACCCGCCGACAUAAGCGACGCUGUCAUAGUGUCUUUUUACUUGGUUGAGGUCCGUACACGCUCACACAGACACACGGUCGCCGCUCAGGAUGCUGGGACGCCCGGCGCCACGGCGACGAGGCCGGCGCCGCGGUGCGACUCAGAGGUGCUUUGUUGUCGUGUGUACCGGGCUCAUAACUAAUAAACCUGUUUUCACCUUG